AGAAGAGUAGCGCGUGGACUUAUUUCUCUCUCCUUUGUCCAAACAAAAAAUCAUCACUCUUCACUGUCUAUUCAACCCCACACUCCUCACCGCCACUGCUUCUUUAUUACCUCUCCACCACCACUCUCAUUUCCAAUAUCUCCGCCACCACCACCACCGCCUCCGCCAUCAUCACUGCUCCUCCUCCUCACCCUCUCAUCCCUCGCAUUCCUCGCCGAAUCACGCCUCUCCUACACCUACUACGACAAAACAUGUCCGAAGUUCUCCCAAAUCAUGCAAGAAACCAUCACAAACAAACAAAUCACCAACCCAACAACCGCCGCCGGAACCCUCCGAAUCUUCUUCCACGACUGCAUCCUCUCCGGCUGCGACGCCUCCAUCCUCCUCACCUCCACCCCCUUCAACUCCGCCGAGCGCGACGCCGACAUCAACCUCUCCCUCCCCGGCGACGCCUUCGAUCUCAUCACCCGCGCCAAGACCGCCCUCGAACUCUCCUGCCCCAACCAAGUCUCCUGCGCCGACAUCCUCGCCGUCGCCACCCGCGACCUCGUCACCAUGAUGGGCGGCCCCUACUACAACGUCCUCCUCGGCAGAAAAGAUUACCGGAUCUCCAAAUCCUCCGCCGUCGAAGGAAAUUUACCAAGACCCACCAUGUCAAUGUCCGAAAUUAUCAAGAUUUUCACUUCCAAAGGCUUCACAAUUCAAGAAUUGGUGGCGCUAAGCGGCGCACACACCAUCGGAUUCUCUCAUUGUAAAGAAUUCAGCAGCAAUGUGCAUAAUGAUACGCAUUAUAAUCCAAGAUUUGCUCAAGCUUUGCAAAAAGCUUGCGCUGAUUAUCCCAAGAAUCCAACUCUAUCAGUUUUUAAUGAUAUUAUGACUCCCAGCAAAUUUGAUAAUAUGUAUUAUCAGAAUUUGCCCAAGGGAUUGGGUAUUUUAGAGUCGGAUCAUGGGCUGUAUAAUGAUGAAAGAACUCGGCCUUUCGUCGAAUUAUAUGCUAAAGAUCAGAGUAGAUUCUUUCAUGAUUUUGCUAAGGCUAUGGAGAAGCUGAGUGUUCACGGAAUCAAGACUGGGAGAAGAGGUGAGAUUAGACGGAGUUGCAGUGCUAUCAAUUGAUUAUUUGUACGCUAGGUAGCACGGACGCUUCAGAUAUUUGACGUUUUGGAUAUGAAACUUCAUUUUUUUACAGAGAAAACCUUAAAAUAACACUGUUUCGUGGUGUCCGAGUAAGUGUCUGUUCUACCUAGUUUUGUAAGUUUUCCAGUUUUAAAUUAUGAUUAUUGUUAUUUUUUGUGUUGUAAUUGAGGGAUGAUCAUAAGGGAUAAUGAAGGCUAUGAUAGUGAUUGUUAUUGGGUUUUGUUUUGAGUUGAUUCUUUUGUGAUGUAUACAAUUAAUUAAUCAUGAUAUGAAGCUUAAGUUAUACUUGAAA